AUGUCUAGAAUCCUCCAAGUGUUGACUAUGCCAUGGUCAAACAGGGACAAAGGGGAGUACGCUCGGCUUCCGAGAGACGAAAAUACCGAGACCCGUGCUGAAGAUGGGAUUGAAGUCUCAUCAAAAAGCAAAACUCAUGUCUUUGGGCAAGCUGUGUCAUACGCAGGUCGUCUCUUGACAGUGUUGUUAGCGGCCUACGGUCUCUACUCCCUCCUCACAUCAGACUCCCCAUCCAACUCUCAACCGCGGGGCAUGUCGUGCAAUUGUGGUGAAACAAUUGCAGAAGCCCGCGCAAACGGCUGCGUAUACGAUUCACUUGCCGCCGCCUGGCUUCCUCCACAUUGUCGGUCUCCUGAGUUGACUGCAGAGUUCGAGUCUCUAGGCCCGAAUGAGCCAGACACCACGGGCAACACCUGGGGUUACUGGCACGAUAAGAACCAGACGCACCCCAUGACUCUGGAGGAAGUGAGCCAACUCCCAGAGGCAGCCCGCCAUGGUCAACAUGCUCGCUUUUUCACCACGCAUCAAUGGCAUCUUGUGCACUGCGUGUUCUACUGGCGCAAGAUGUGGGAGGCAGCGCGCUGUUCCCAAGGAGUCGCGGGCGCAUCUUGCGGCAAGGACGGCAUGCUUAUCAUUGAAAAACGCUACGAUACCCUCAUGCACAUCAAUCAUUGCAUGACCAUGUUUUUGAUGAGGGAUCCUCUGGAUCAUAUUGCCGCCGAGGCUGGUGUUGCGCUUCACUCAGACGAGCUUCACAUCGCAAAGCCUCAUAAUCACCAAGACCAGAGUAUGACUGAUGCGCAGACGGGUGCCAAUCACAAAAGCGCGAGCUCGAGUACUUCGAAAGACCCUUACGAUGAGACCAUGGAGAGCCAUAAGCAUGGAAAGGGUGAUCCGUACGAUGAAUAA